AUGAAGGCGGCUAGGGCCAAGACGCCGCGGAGGCCGAAGAAAGCCACGAACCCCGCGCUGAAGGACCCGGUGGGGGUGUACUGCCGGGUGCGCCCUCUCAGCCGCUCGGAUCAGGAAUGCUGCAUCGAGGUCGUCAGCAGCACCACGGUGCAGCUCCAUCCUCCCGAGGGAUUCCGCGUGUUCCGCAACGGCGAGUACCGCGAGAUGCAGUAUUCCUUCAAGGAAGUUUUUGGAACUCUGGUGGUGCAGAAGGAGCUCUUUGACGUGGUGGCCAAACCUCUGGUGGAGGAUUUGAUCCGGGGAAAAAACGGUCUCCUGUUCACCUAUGGAGUGACAGGCAGUGGGAAGACCCACACCAUGACAGGAUCUCCUGGGGAUGGGGGGCUCCUGCCCCGCUGCCUGGCCAUGAUCUUCAACAGCAUCGGCCCCUUCCAGGCCAAGAGAUUCGUUUUCAAGCUGGAUGACAAGAAUGGGGUGGAUGUGCAGAGCGAGGUGGAGGCUCUGCUGGAACGCCAGAGGAGAGAAGCCCUGCCCAUCCCAAAAACUCCAGCUGGGAAGAGGCAGCUGGAUCCCGAAUUUGCCGACAUGAUCGAUGUCCAGGAUCAGUGCCGGGUGGAGGAGGUGGACGAGGACAACGUCUACGGCGUCUUCGUGUCCUACAUCGAGAUCUACAACAACUACAUCUACGACCUGCUGGAGGAGGCUCCCCUGGACUCCAUCAAACCCAAGUGGAACAGUUGCAACACUCCUGUGAGAAAUGGAGACUUUGUACCUCCCCAGUCCAAAAUCCUUCGGGAAGACCAGAACCACAACAUGUACGUGACGGGCUGCACCGAAGUGGAGGUCAAAUCCACAGAGGAAGCUUUUGAAGUCUUUUGGCGAGGGCAGAAGAAGCGGCGGAUCGCAAACACGCAGCUGAACCGGGAAUCCAGUCGCUCCCACUCCGUGUUCAUCAUCAAACUGGCACAGGCUCCUCUGGAUGCUGAUGGGGACAACGUCCUCCAGGAAAAGGAGCAGAUCACCCUGAGCCAGCUGUCCCUGGUGGAUCUGGCAGGAAGUGAGAGAACCAACAGGACCAAAGCCGAGGGGAACAGGCUGCGGGAGGCAGGGAAUAUCAACCAGUCAUUGAUGACUUUAAGGACGUGCAUCGAGGUUCUGCGGGAAAACCAAUUGUAUGGAACGAACAAGAUGGUUCCAUACAGAGAUUCCAAACUGACUCAUCUCUUCAAGAACUAUUUCGAUGGAGAGGGGAAAGUUCGGAUGAUUGUGUGUGUGAAUCCCAAGGCUGAGGACUACGAGGAAAGCCUGCAAGUGAUGCGUUUUGCAGAGAUGACCCAGGAGGUGGAGGUGGCCAGGCCCGUGGACAGACCCCUGUGCGGGCUGACCCCGGGACGGCGCCUCCGGAACCAGCCUGCAGGACCAGAGGAGCCAUCUGCUGCUGAGCUGUUUUUCCAGAGCUUCCCUCCCCUGCCUUCCUGCGAGCUCUUGGAUAUCAAUGAUGACCAAACUCUCCCAAAACUGAUCGAGGCCCUGGAGCAGCGCCACAAAAUGAGGCAGAUGCUGGCAGAGGAAUUUGCCAAAAACGUUCUUGCCUUUAAAACAAUGCUGCAAGAAUUUGACUCUGGUGUGGCAUCCAAGGAAAAUUAUAUCCAAGGAAAACUGGCUGAGAAGGAGAAAACCAUCACAGGGCAGAAGACAGAGCUGGAACGUCUGGAGAAGAAGAUUAAAACCUUGGAAUACAAGAUUGAGAUUUUGGAGAAGACAGCCACGAUUUACGAGGAGGACAAGAGGAACCUGCAGCAGGAGCUGGAGAGCAAGAGCCAGAAGCUGCAGCGGCAGGCGUCGGACAAGAGGAGGCUGGAGGCCAGGCUGCAGGGAAUGGUGGCUGAGACCUCCCUCAAGUGGGAGAAGGAAUGUGAGCGGCGGGUGGCAGCCAAGCAGCUGGAGAUGCAGAACAAACUGUGGGUGAAGGAUGAGAAGCUGAAGCAGCUCAAGGCCAUCGUCACCGAGCCCAGAGUGGAGAGACCCGAGAGGCCUUCCCGGGAAAGGGAUCGGGAAAAGCCUCUCCCGAGAUCCGUGUCUCCUUCCCCCGUGCCCGGUGCUCCGGCGGCUCCGCUGCGGCCGCGGCGUUCCCGCAGUGCCGGGGAGCGCUGGGUGGAUCACCGGCCGCCGUCCCACGUGCCCACGGAGACGCUGCUGCAGCCGCGCGUGCCCAGGGCCAUCACCGUGGACUCGCCCAGCGAGCGAGCCCUGGCCAGGUGUGACCGGUACCUGCUGACCCACCAGGAGCUCGCCUCCGACGGAGAGAUCCAGACCAAGCUCAUCAAGGGGGACGUGUUCAAGACCAGGGGUGGGGGCCAGGCCGUGCAGUUCACGGACAUCGAGACCCUCAAGCAGGAAUCUCCCACCGGGCGGAAGCGCCGCUCGUCCCCUCCCAGGCCCGACCCUGCCGGGGACACCGCGGACUCGGAAUGGACGGAUGUGGAAACCAGGUGUUCCGUGGCCGUGGAGAUGAGGGCGGGAUCGGCGCUGGGACCGGGAUUGCAGCACCACGCCCAGCCCAAGCGCAGGAAACCCUGAAUUUUUCCUGCUGGAAUCCUGGAUUUUCCCAGCCUGAGGAAUUCUCUGCUGCCACUGCUCCUCAGGAGCUGCUUUGUGCUCAUUCCCAGAGGUUUUUUUAGGGAAGUUGGGAAAUUAUUCCAUAGGUGAUCCCAAAGAAGUUCUGCAUGGAUCCAUCCUCUUCCAUAGAUUUAGGGAAAUCCUAAAGGUCCCUCUGGAAUUCCAAACGGAGCUGGAUCCUUACAGACCGAGCCACCGGGCUUUUCCCUGGGAGAUUUUUCCAGCUUUUUCCCAGUUGUUUUUUUUUUUUAGUCCCAAAUCCAUCUUUUUCUGGUCAUUCCCUCUUUUUUUGGGAGACCCAACCGCUGCUAUUCCGAGCUGCAGUCCAGCACUUUAAGGGUGUUUUUUUGGCCAUUCCCGAUUUUACUGGAACCAGGAAAAACUUGGGAAUACGGGUUUCUUCUGGCAAAAAUGAAUUUGGAAUAUUUAAAGUGUCACUGAUCUGUCAGAGUAUUCCAGAGUCACCCAAAAUCCUGGGAGCAGUGGGAAUUCACAUCCCACCUGCUCUUUGGGGUGUCAGGGGAAACUGUGGAAUGUUUUCCAUGUGGGAAUGGGGGGAAAAGAAAAGGGGAUUUCCUCACAGAUCGGGUGGGAAUUGUCUCUCUGUGUGUCCCUGCAAGGUGUUCAAUAAAUCCUUUUAUUCCAAAGCCUCUUCCUGGUUUUCAGGGAAUUCCGAGGGGAGCAGCUUCCCUGGCUUUGCAGGAA